UCUCUCUCUCUCUCUCUCUCUCUCUCUCUCCCUCUUCUCCAAUGGCGGAAGCUCAGGGCGAGAAAACCUCAACCUUAGCUGAGCAAUAUCUAUUGGAGAAAGUAGAGAAGGUGGAUGUGGGUGCGAAACCUGAUAAUGUCCCUGAACCUGAAAAACCAGUGAAUGCUGCUUCUGAAAAAGCUCUCAGUGAGAAAGCUGAGGGGAAGGACGGUUCUGCUGCUGAAGGUGCUGAAACUUCAGUUACUGAAGAAAAGAGCAGUGCCACUGUUCCUGAUGCUUCUGCAGACAACACGGAAGAGGUUUCUACAGUCGCUAGUGCUGAAACCACUCCUGCUGCUGAGGAAAGCAAUGAAGCAAAUGAAGAGGAAAAUUCGAGCAAUGAGGAGGCCACUGAAGAAGGGCCAGAGAUAAAGCUUGAGACUGCACCUGCAGAUUUCCGUUUCCCAACCACAAAUCAAUCAAGACAUUGCUUUACCCGAUACAUUGAGUAUCAUCGCUGCAUUGCUGCCAAAGGUGAGGAUGCUCAAGAUUGUCAAAAGUUCGCCAAGUAUUAUCGUUCUCUUUGCCCGGGUGAAUGGAUUGAUAGAUGGAAUGAGCAAAGGGAGAAUGGUACCUUUCCUGGCCCUCUGUAGAUGGGCCACGCUCAAAAAGUUGCCAACAUCAUUAAAAGUCCAUGGCCUCUGUUGUUCUCUCCUAGUUUUCUGCGUGACUCCGGCAGAUUUGUUGAGCGAGAUGAACUCUCGUGUCAAGAAAAUGAGUUAAUAAAGUUUUCAUGUCUGUUGCCACCAGUUCAAAGUCUAACAAAGAAUUUUGUUACUCAUAAGGAACUAUUGCUUAUCAGCACCAAAGGAUGAGCUUGUUAGUUUAUAAAACGUAUGGUUGCCCGUCAUGUGACAAUUCAAUUUAUAGAGUUGAAAGAUAAAAUGAUUUGCUGUCACUCCAGCUGAAUAAAGAGAUACUGGCGAGUUAUCGCAGUAGUUGGUGGCGUGCUGCUUUCGUGA